AUGUGGGAGCGUACUGCGCUGCGCGUUCUUAGCCGCGUCCGUGUACACAUGCCAGCCGCAAUGCGCACGGCACAAAUGAUCAGCACGUCCGCACGACAUGCGGAAAUUCACGUCGCAGAGGCGCCGGCGCCCCCAACUGCCGCGACAAGUAUGCGCGCACCAAUAACGCCUGCACGCGCGCGCCAGUUUUUGCGGUGGCAAUGGCUUUCUGCGGAGCAGCGCGAUGAGCUAGCGACGUACGUAGCUGCGGCACAGAGCGGCGAUGUUGUGCCGCCCGCAUGGCUCGCUGCCGAGCUCGAGGCUGCGCGCUCGUACCGAACUGCGCGUGCGCGCGGCUGGGAGCCCACCGCGGCGCAGCUGCAGCGUGCAGCGCAAGCAGAGAGCUUGGAUGCAUUCUUGCUAGAUGCUGGCGAUGCACUGCGCGCAAAGCUGGAGCGCGGCGAGCGCGCGCGUGUGGAGCUUGGCGAUUGGGAUACCAUGGAUGUGGACGAGCAGGCAGAUAUCUUGUUGCAGCCCGUGUGGCAGUCACUGAGCGACGACGAGCGCGCCGAAGCCCUGGUGCGUGUUGCAUUUGCGUGCAUGCGCAAGAUGGGGUGGCGCACGGGCUACUCUGCUGGAUUUCCGGGCGACGGCGCACUCCCAGUGCCGAUGCCAGGCGCCGAUGCCAGCGAGCGUGCGGCGCAUUGGCGUGCGCUGCUGCAGAGCGAGGAAGAGCGGGCGUGGGAUGCGUGGAAAUUGCUUUCGCCCGACGCACGGCGCGCCGAAUGGGCGACUGCGUGGCAGCAGCGCGACCGCUCUGUCGUGUACCUGGACGAUGCGCCGACGACCAAGCUGCUUGGCGCCGUUGCCCCGCGCUGGUACGCUGUCCCGCAGCGCGCGGGAAAGCUGCAGUUCUUGCCGAACAUGACGGCGCGUCUCGUGCGCAAUUAUACACCGCGUGGCGAGCCGUACGAUGCGUGGAAAGCGACGUUCCGUGUGCCAUUGCAUGUGCACAAGCAUGUGCUGCGGUCGUACCUGCUUGCUGUGUAUGGGCUGCGCACUACUUGGGCGCGGUCCAUGGUGUACCGCUCGCGCAUUACGUACAGCGUGCAAAAGAAGCGCCGCGCCGUGGGCCGGGGCAGGACGUUUAAAAAGGUCGAGGUCGGCCUUUUGGAGCCGUUUGUGUUCCCGAGCAUCUCAAAAGAGUUUCUCCGUACGCACCUGUUCCAGCAGGAGAUGAUGUUCGAGGAGCGCCGCUUGAUGCUCAAGAUGACCAAGGCACAGCGCUGGCGCGGGACCAAGAGCGUGCAGGAUUUGUCUGCCUCGCUCGACCGCGACUAUGCGGCGCAAAAUGCGGGCGCGCCUGACGAAGCGCCGGGUGCCAAGCCGACUGCACAGCUGCUCGUCCGCUCGGGAUCUGUGCCGACGGCGCGGCACAACAAUAUCCUAUCUGUGCUAUCCGAGCGCCGCGCCAAGCGCAACGCACGUGUGCAGGCGUAUAUCAAAGCGCAGGAAACAGCGGCUUCGUAG